UUUCUCAUUAUUUCCAAUAUCAGAAGAUAUUUAAGGACUCUUCUAGAAAGAAGAAACUUCACUGAAAAAACAUCCUUCAUCCAUAGGAAUUUCCAGGUUUCUUUCUUUAUUUCCACCUUUUCUAAUCUUUCCUUUCCUAUCUUUACGAUCCUCUCCGUAGGAUCGAAAAGUAACUUUUUCCUUUCUUCUUUAUUUCACGAUCCUCCCGCAGGAUCGGAAAUUGACUUUCCUUCUUUUCCUUCAUUAUUUCUCGAUCCUCUCCGCAGGAUCGGAAAUUCUCUAAUCUUUUUUUUUUCUUUUUCUUAAAAAAACUCAUUCUUUUUUCUCUAUUUCACGAUCCUCUCGCAGGAUCGGAAAUUGAUUUUUCUUUCUUUUCUAUUUUUCUAUUAUUUCUCGAUCCUCUAUGUAGGAUCGGAAAUUAAAUUAUUGAAAUAAUAACAAAGAAGAAAAAUUCUGGAUAACAAUUUUGGCGCCCAACGUGGGGCCUUAGGUCAUUUGAAAAUAACCCGAACCCUGAAAUCUAAAACUUUUUCAACUUCACUUCCGGGAGUGGGAUACAGAAAAUAAACACCCGGUGGCGCCUGACGCAAAAAUUUUUUUUUUAUUCUACAUACAAGAAGUUUUUGAAAUGUUUUUUAAUACUUCAAUCGAAGUAAACAAAUCGCCUUACUCCGUUCCUGUCACUAUCAUCAGAAAAGAGUCAAAUCAACGUUUUUACAUAAAAUUUAGUCAAUUAAAUUCCGAAAAGAAAUUUUCCAAAUCAACUCCGAAUCUGAAAAAAUAAAUCAUCGAUUAAAUCUCAACGACAUUUUUACCUGUUUAUGGAUCAACAAAAUUAUAUCUUACCAAAGGACAACACUGGCUUUGUGAACGUUUAUACCGACGGUGCAUGUUCAGGCAACGGAAGGACAUCUCCAAAAGGUGGUAUCGGUGUUUUCUUUGAAGACAAUCAUCCUUUAAACAUAUCUGCUCCUCUCAUUGGUAAACAAACAAACAAUCUUGCCGAAAUACAAGCUGCCACUCAAGCCGUGAUCCAAGCAAAGAAAGCUGGUAUAUCGAAACUUAGAAUAAAUACAGAUUCUAAGUAUCUAAUAAAUAGUUGUACCGAGUGGAUUCCUCGUUGGAAAGAAAACGGCUGGAUUUCAUCAUCUGGAAGACCUGUAAAAACAGAAAGGCAGUGGAAAUUUUAG